GCUCUGGGCCAUACAGAAAAACCGCAACAAAUUCUAUCAAUUCACCCAAUCCGGGCGGACCUCUCUAUACGAUACCCCAAAAUGGGCUCCGAAGACUCCUUCACAGAAUCAACAUGGGACCUGGGAAUCCACGAUGCCCACUGCCACCCAACGGACGAUAUGUCCAAAGCCGGGACAAUACCAACCAUGAAAGCUAAAUCCCUGACAAUAAUGGGAACCCGUCAGUCUGACCUCCCGCUUGUGACUUCGCUUGCGAAAGAUUACCCGGAGAAGGUGGUCCCGAGCUUUGGUUACCACCCAUGGUUUUCCUACCUUAUCUACGACGAUACUGGGCCCGGCGGGGAGAGGGAGGUGGAUAAGAAAGAGCAUUACACCACUGUUCUAACGGGGACCCCAACUGAAGACCUUAUUUCCGCCCUGCCCUAUCCCAGAAAACUGAGCUCCAUCUUAACAGAGCUCCGCAGCCAGCUGGAAACCUUUCCGAAGGCACUAGUCGGAGAAAUAGGCAUGGACCGGGGCUUUCGGAUACCAUUCCCCGACAAUACGGGUACGGAAGCGCACGCAGUGUAUACCCCGGGAGAUGCCGAGGACGGGAAGAGGUUAACGAAUCACCGAGUAUCAAUGGACCAUCAGAAGAAAAUCUUUGUCGCGCAGUUGAAGCUAGCCGGGGAACUGAACCGCGCGGUCAGCGUGCAUGGGGUCCAAUGCCAUGGCGCGCUCUUUGACGUUUUCCGCGAGUUGUGGCGCGGGCAUGAGGUUGAGGUUGAGAGCCGGAAGGAGAUGAAGAGGAGGAGGAGGAGGGCAAAGGGGGAAGUUGAAGGGCACGAGUAUUUGCCCGACAUUGAGGACUCGGGGGACAGUGGUGACGAAUUCAGCGAGGAGGUGAGGAAACGGCAAGAGGAGAGGAAGCAGGAAUACAUGCCAAAGCCCUACCCUCCGAGGAUAUGCCUUCACUCGUUCUCAGCUCCUGCCCAGACACUCCAGCAAUACCUCACCCCUCCAUCGGCGAAAAAAAGGUACCCAUCAAGGGUAUUCUUCUCCUUCUCAUCGACUAUAAACGCCCGACCGGAAAAGGGGCAUAUGGAGAAGAUUAUGGAGACGGUGAAGGGAGUUCCCGAGGAUAGGGUUCUCGUGGAGAGCGACUUACAUACCGCCGGCGAGGAAAUGGACGCUGCAUUGGAAAGUGCUGUUAGGGUUAUUGCAGGGAUAAAGGAGAUGGGAAUAGACGAGUGCGUGAAGAUGCUCAGGGAGAAUUGGAGGGAGUUUGUUUUUGGCGACGCUUGACUGGUCAAGAUGUUUGUCCACCGGCACCGCACAGUGCUAUACUAUGCAAGGAAUGGUCACAGUAGGGUUGGAGUUCAAAUGUCUGAGAAUAUGAUAGCGUAUUUACUGUACCGGUGCUCGCAUAAUCCGCUAUCAGAUCAGGAGUAGGGCGGAACUGCAGUGCUCGAGUAGACUUGGCUAAGCAAGUUGACGAGAUUAUCAACACUACUCGAGUACCGUACGGUAGUUACAGUGAUAAGAUCUAGCGAAUCUAGCUCUCAAACCA